AUGAGGAAACACUGGGCUGGCCCGCCGAUCAACAAGAAGCCACGCUUCGUCGUCCAGAUCCUUCCACCACCACCACGCACAACCACGGUGGGCGUGGCAGACCUCACGCUCGCGCUGCCGGUCAAAGCGGACGAGGCGUUGCCUGCACCUAGGCCGGCCGUGGCGGGCAGAGUGCGUCUCUUUGGCAUUGACAUCGGACCAGGGGUGCAGACGCCGGCGGCGCAACAAGGCUCGUCGUCUGCGACAGUCAUCGGCGUCCACCAGUAG